UCUUCAAUCUGUGUGGGAUGCCUCGGAACUCCAAAUCGAUCCUUCACUAUGUCGAUGUCACACCAGUAUGGUCUUGUGAUGGUCUUCCACCGCCCUGUUCGACUUCAAAGCGGUCUCAAGGGCUGUUUCUGCUGUUGUCUUGGACAGGAGAUGGAGAUCGAAAGCCCUCCUGGAAGAAGAAUAGCAUUUAUUUCGGAGGACUGCUCCACAUGGGGUACCUCCCUGACCAUCCGUGAUGCAAGGGGUACGGCGGCACUAAAGUUGAUUGGUCCAGCUCUUCCUGACUACCUCGGCAGCAGGAACGUGACAAUAUUCGAGGUGCAAACUAUGGCUGGCAGUACAGUGGCAGAGAUAAGGACCAAUGGGUUAGCCACUGUCUGCUUCCCCAUUAACUUGGAUGUCUAUAUCAAAGGGUGCCUCAUCGCUUCCUCAAUUUUGAUUUCGUACAUGUUUGACACCAAUAGCUGUGCUCUUUGCUGUUUUAACAUCUUUUUGGGGGAAAGACGAAGACGUCGCCUCCGUCUCUUCUUGUGAUGCAGGCAUACUGCUUCUACAGCUAAGGCGGCAUCUCCUUCUGGUGGAAAUAUAAAUAUUGAAAAUCUGACAACUAGCUCACUGACGUGUGAAUGGCUACCACUGACGGCUUCUCAGGGACAACAGAGUCAAGAAAUACAGUCUACAUGUCCAUAACACUGAUUAAAGUAUGG